AUGGCUGACUCUGAUUCCUCGUCCUUGUCUUCCGCUCCAUCCUCAGAUGAUGAGGAAAUGGCACAGAAAAUGGCGCUGAAGCCAACGGGAUUGGAUCGAUAUUUCAAGCCGGCGCCCAAGCCUGAAGCCACCCCCGAGCCUCCCAAACGCGCACCCUCACCACCCCACGAAUAUACUCUGGUCGAUAACCCGGCAAUUGCGUUUAUCGUAAUGUUCAGAAGUCGAUUCAGCGACGUGUUUCCCAAAUCUUUACCGAACUACGGACCGCAAGACAUUGAAAGAGGGGUGGCUGGAGAACUACCCGACGAGCAAGUCGAGAGACUGCUCUGUGCGCUGUUGGGACUUGUUCUGAAUAGAAAGAAGGAUGUCGAACGCGGACAUUAUGGCCGGGCACUUGAAGAUGCGCUAUCUACAAACCACAGUCAAUGGCCGACUGAGUGGAAGGGAGUCAAUCCUCUCCACGGAGGAACAACUUUCAACAGCAUGAGCCCGGAGCAGCGGUUGAGCCUCCUAAAAGCUCUCGUCCUCUGGUCUCUGAACUCCUCCGAAGCCGUCCAAGCGGUCAUUAAAGAGUCUUACAAGCAGACACGUCGGGACGACGACCGCAACCAACCGCGAAGUGUUCAACCUUGGUUUUCGGACCAAUAUCGCCGAAAGUACUGGCUGAUUGAGGGACAAGAUGACUCGCAUUUUCGAAUCUACAGAGAAAAUGAUGGCAAGACUGCAAAGACAAACACAUGGUUCAGCGUCGCCGGCUCCAUCCCAGAAGUCAUAGCCCUUGCAGACAAGUUCGCCGACGAACAUAGUUCCAAUUCGAAAGUGAUUAGCGACAAGUUACGCGCGGCCAUUCCAAGGUUUGAGGCUGGCGAAGAGAAGCGCAAACGCCGCGACUACCGCCUUGCUCGAAAAGCUGCAUUCGCUCGACCCGAACCCGGAUUCUCACUAUAUGAGGGAAGGACACGUGGGAAGAGAAUGAGAUAUACAUAUUCAGACGACGAGUAUGGGUCGGACGGGCUGUCUAGCAAGCGAUCCACGCGCAAUUCCGGCCUCUCUACACCUCUUGAGACUGGACCGACCGUUACCGCCAGCGGCAGGCAUGUCAAGUCGAGGGUGGGUGGUUUGUACGGCGAGAGCAUGUUGAUCGACCAGCGCAAGGAGUUAGAAAGAGUGACGGGCGAAGGCAACUAUACAGAGACAAGUGAGGACAUGCCUGCCACUAUACCCAGUGCGCGUGACAUGAGAACAUCGAGGUCGGGAAGACACGUCAAACCGUAUAGACAGGGAUAUGCCGAGCAGAUGGACUCGGACGAAAGCGAAGAGGCCCAGUCAUCAGGCAAAGAAUGGAGUGGAAACGAGGACGACGAUGAAGGCCUUGAACCGGACGAGGUCGAGGACGAAAAUACUCAGGAAAGCUUGGUUGUCCAACUACGAUAUCGAAAGGACGCCGAGAAUCCCACGUCCACAACAACGGCACAAGGUCCACCUCCUCAAGCUUUCCAUGUAACGAACGGAACAUCAGCCGUUAUGAAUGGUUUGCAGCAAGUGCAGGCCACGCCGAGACCGUUGCAACCCCUAGGAGAAACAAUGGACACGAUCAAUGUUGCCCCAAGAAAUAACGGGACUGAUGGAGGCCAGCCAAAUCUGAUGAACGGCGUGAAGAUGACGGCACAUGACGCUCCUCGACCGCCUCCGGUGGUUCAUAUCCCCAUUCAGCCCAUGGACAUAUCUUAA